UAGACUUAAUAAGAGAGUAAUCAUUGCAUAGGUAGAUAAAGCAUCACCACCACCCCCUCAAAAUUUCAGAAAUUUGUGAAGGUCUUGAAGUGGAAAUAUUCAUGGUGUGGUAGAUCUGUUUUGUAAGGCAUUGCAUAGUUUGAUAGGGAUUUCACACAAACAUAAGGCCACAUGCAUGCAAUAUCGAUGUUAAUAUUCCCUUCUUUAAUACAUGCUGAAUUUCAUUGGCUUGUAGACUGCAUAACUGUUUAGAUAAGACCCAACUAUAUGACUGAUUCCACCUGGCAACCAUAUCCUUUCAGGGUUCUAUCCCACUAAGAAUGUUAGCGAAUGGGAAUGAGAUUUCAAAAGGGUAGAGAAAGAUAUUAGGAAGUAUAACACAUACUAAGCAAAUGGAAGACAUCUCAUUUGCAGAUAUAUAAUAGCACCCAUCAAACCAGAACAUCUGGCUCUAUCCUUUAGUAUGGUGUUCCUGAUCUACUCUAAGGGGUCCAGCAACACAGUCAGUAAUGGUUCAGAGAAUGAAGAUUUAUCACAGUACUAAAUGCGGUCAUAUCACAGUUUGUGAUCACACAGUCUAGUAUAGGAUUGUUGUUUGCCCAACAGUGUACAUAUGCAUAUAUACAAAAGUGCAAAAAGAAUCAAACUGAAAGAAGAUACAUGCAACAACAGAAAAGAAAGACAGCUGCAUAUUUUCAUUCUGAGAUUUUUCCAGAAGGACUCUGUCUAAUGCUUCUGGAUACACACCACUGGGGACUGCCAAUAUGCAACUGUAGACAUGAUGCAAGGGAAAAUCCUGUAAAAAUUUUCAGCUAUCUGACAUAUAGCAGAAAGAUCGCAAGAGAUGUACAUCUAGCCGCCUCCCGGAAGCCGAACUGUUUGUGGAGCUCACCAAGCAAUGGCAGUACAGUGCAAACUGAACAUUUGUUACCGUGCAAGAUCUGUGGAAGGACAUUUUUCCCAAAUGCACUAAAAAAACAUGCACCAAUUUGCCAAAAAAAUGCUGUUAAGAAAAGAAAAGCAUUUGACUCCAGCAGACAGAGAGCAGAAGGAACAGAUAUUGCCACAGUAAAACCUCUGAAACCACAGCCAGAUCCACCAAAGAAGCCAUCAAACUGGAGACGAAAACAUGAGCAGCUCAUAGCAGCGAUAAGAGCAGCCAAAGGACUUGACCAGGUUCUUAAAGAAGGCGGGAAGCUGCCACCUCCACCACCACCUUCUUAUGAUCCAGAUUACAUCCAGUGCCCAUAUUGCCAGAGACGAUUUAAUGAAAGUGCAGCUGAUCGGCACAUAAAUUUCUGCAAGGAACAGGCAGCACGCAUUUCUAAUAAAGGGAAAGUGGUUACUGAUGCUAAAGGGAAGGCUCCUACUAGAUCUCAGUACAAGUCGCCAUCUGUAAAGAAGAUACCUUCCACGGGAACAACAUCGCCAGCCUCAUCGCGUUUGCCACAGCCAAGUACACCUGCAAACAAAAUGUUGCCAACCAGUGGGCCUGUGGGAAGCAAAAUCCAGAGCUCACCUCUACCUCAUAAAAACUCAGUGAGGACAACAAACUCACAGAUAGGAGGCUCCAUGAAAUCACGGACAGGAGUACCUACUGGUAUGGCACGGAACACUGGCAUGGGCAUGAUGGCAAACAAGAGAAAAGCCUAUGGUACUGAAAGCAACUAUAACAGGACUGGAUACGAAAGUGGAGACUGUUCAUCUUCUGUCAAUGGAGGAAGCUCUAAAAGCAGUGAGGGAAAUUCACCUGCACAGUUACCAAAAUUCUGUCAUGAAUGUGGAGCCAAAUACCCAGUUGAAUCUGCGAAAUUCUGCUGCGAAUGUGGAGUUCGCCGAAUGGUUUUGUGAACAUGUUCAAAACAAAAAGAUACCCAGCUCUUUCAUUGCUGUGGCUGCACAGAAAUGUAUACCUUCUCACCAGAACUCAUGCUGAAGCAUUUUCCAAGAGCUUGUCUUUUUCAUUGCAGAGUUAAUUUAUAUAUAAAUAGAUCUAAAUAUACUGUAUAUAAAUGAUAAGUACCUGAAAUUGUGCCGUUCAAGGAGAUACUCCUGAGACACUAGUGGAAAUUCCUUUAAUGGAGAAAAAUAUUAAGAAGUAGUAGCUCUUUUGUAAUCCUGUUACAUGUUAUACCCAUACAUAAUUUUCUUUUCACACCCAUGGAGUACUAGCCCUAAAUAACUUUAUCUAAAGAAACUGUUAAAUAAAGAAUUCCUUAUGCUAAAAUGUUGUCAGUACAUUACUUGUUGGAGUAGUUUAUUCUAAAUAUUUUAACAAUUGUUCUUCUGACUUCCAUUUUUCCUGGGUCUGCAUGCAAAAGCCUUUGUGUAUAAUUGAAAUAUUUUUCCUUUCUUAAUUCAUUUCUUAAAAAAUGAACCACUUUUCUUUUAGAUUCAUUUAUAGUUUUCAGAGUAACUCACCUUCCUUCAGGCAUCUGUGAGACCAAUCCACCAACCCACUGCUGCUUCAAGGAACUGAAUUGAAUAUGUGCAAGAAUUUAGUGCAUUUUGUUCACUAUCUGCCUUUCUCUAUAAUGUUCUUCUUUCCCAUUAUGAUCCUUCCUUUGCCCCCGCCCCCAUCAUGAACAUAGGCUAAAUAGUUUGUUCAGUGUAUUCUGAACUAUUUUCUUUAAAAAAUCUUAAAGAGAGUCCUGUUGUCAUUUUAAACAGUGUGAAUAUGCAGUAGUAGAAAUCACACUUGUUUGCACUGGUUAUAGCACAGGUGAGUUUUAAAAUCUAUUUUGGUUACAGCAUGUUUUGGUCAAGCCAAAAUUCACUUGCCUUCAAAUUAGUAGAGUGGUCCACUGAAGCCCGAAACCGUUAUCCAUAUUUUCUUUUAAUAAUUCAAGUUAUGAAAAUCUUAAUGGUGCCAUUCUCAAAAUGAUUUUUAUAAUUUGUUUCAAUUUCUUACCUCCUGUCUGUUGUCAAGGUUACCAAUUAUUUCAGCUUUCAUAGGGUCAUUUUGGUCAGCCACUGUAUUAUUAUUAAUGUAAUCUUAAUUUUUUUUGAAAACCCAUUACAAAUACACUGUGGUUAACAGUAACUGCAAAUAUACUUGGUAUGCAUUUAGUAGAUCAAUGUUCUUUUCUUCCCCUGCUUUCCAGAGAGGUGGUUGCUGGUAAAUGACAGGUCCCUCAAAUUAACCAGUUCAUUGAUAUGAAAUUGUAUUUGUGGAUUUCAUAGGUUUUUCUAAAAGUGCCCCGAUUGUGAUGAUGACCUGGUUUUAGUUCUAGAAAAUUAUAGUAUGUAGUAGGUAAGUUUUAAUUGCAAUGUGUUACAGUGCUAGAUAUGAUAGAACUUAAACCAGUUCUGGGAAUGACAGACCAAAUGUAUAGUAUUUUGUUCAUUUCUCACAGUUCUGUAUUGCUUGCAUUAUCCUGCAACUCUUUUUCAUACAGUCCUUCCACAUGUUCUAGAUCUUCAUUGUAAAAGCUCUAUGGGAGCUUUUGUGGGUUCUGUGUGUAACAAUGAGUUUUACUCAUGUGAAAAAACAAUGGUUGUAUGUUAACCUAUACAUAUUGUAAAGUAAGCAGCAUUCACUCCUGAGCAAAUAUUAUCUAUUUGCAAUAAAGAUAAUGUAGUUCAGAAAUAUGCGACAUUUUACUGUUUUACAGGAAUUUUUAAGCAAAGUUUAAUUCAGAAUACUUUCUGUUGCUGUGAAGGGCUGCUAUGUAGAUACUACAUGCUGUAAAGUUACUUUACUGGAAGCCCUUCAGACUUGUAGAUUAAAAAUAGCCAUUUCAACUACUGUUCUGAAUUGAAUAAAAAUUGCACCCAGAAUGCUAUAUUGUUAAUGUCACUAGUGUCUCUAAAAUAAAUAUAUUUAAUAACUGACACUCUUUCAGAUAUAAUUUGUGGAUGAUGACCCAGUUCUUUGCAUACUAUCCACGCUGAUAAAUUCUUAUAUUUCUGAUUUUGAGAGGAUGAGAACUAUAUUUCAUGUAGACUUUUAUCAGUGGCACAAUUCAUAGUGCUCACUGUAUUGUGUUGUGCAUUGGCUAUACCUGAGCUUAUUAAGAUUGAGUUUAUUAAUAAAUAUUAUUGCAUAAUUUGGAAUUUGAGGUCUUAAGAUUUGACAUGGGAUGAUUAUGCGCUUGCUUAGAUGACAGAAAUUUAAAAUUCCUAUGGGCAAGCUCUACUGUGUUACAAUGAAAAUGGGGGUUGAUUGCUAAUGGAAGCCUUAUCUCCAAACCACCAGAAAACGUUGCAUUCGUUCAUCAUAGUGUUCACAGUUUGCAAGGUCAGUUAUGGAAACAUUAACUAUUUCAGUGUUUCUAUGAUACAGAAUUUCCCCCCUCUAUUUAAAUCUGACAGAGCUGCUGCCUUUUGUAAUAAAAAGCUCACUGCUGGAUAACUUUAUUAUUAGUUAAGGAAGGAUCCAAAUGGCUACAUACUUUGUUCCUGCACAGGGAGGUGUCUGCUUUUUUGUGAUAGCUUCUCAGCAUUAAUGAAUGGCCAUCCAUGAAGGUUAGCAUGUUGAUACUUCUGUGGUUGUUGCCACUAAUAAGAGUGGCAGCUUAAUAGGACAAGAUGGCAGUCCUUUCUCUUUGCACACAAAAGUACUUUCUGCUUACAAGUAGUGCUCUUGGGAUUUCAGCUUACACCUGACGAGAGAUGUAAAUUCCUGGGUCGUAUUUGUGCUUCUCACGAUAUUCAAAAGAAAUGGGCACUGCUUUCAUUCCAUAUUCCUUAAUAUGGGGUGUUUUUUUUUUUGCAAAUCUCAACCGUAAAGCUGUCAUAUGAAUUUUUGAUUAGCCGGUAAGAGCUCGUUUACAAGCAAAUGUUGCUGUUUUAAUAUCAUCUCCAUUACAAGCCACUAACUAAUUUUCCUUUUUAAAUACACAAACACUGUGAUUGCCAAGUUGUUGAAUCAAACUUUAACAAAGAUGUUCAUAGGACAUGAGUUUAGUAUACUUAAGAUUUUACUCAGGGUUGCUUCAUGUUCCUUUUAGUCACGGAAAUUAAAUGUCGAUGUUAUGAAAAGUGUAACCCAGAAUACAAAGUGGUAUGUGGAGGGCUUUCUUUCACCCCUCAGAGCCCAGAUAUUUUAUGUCAGGUUAAUGUAUGUGUAGCUGCUUUCCAUUCAAAGUUAAUGGAGGAAACACAGCACUUGAUCUUUGGUAGACUGCUGUAUGAUUUGUGUUGCAUAAAAUGGACUAAUACUUUGUGGUUCAUAACUAGGAAGUUCUGAGUACAGAUCUUGUGGGAUCCAUCAAGAUUUUGUAUGGACUCUAGUUUGCUUGGGUGUCAGCUAUUUGAAGAUAUCACUAAUCACCAGAGAUCCCUUUUAUUUUUGUUCUGUUCCCACAGAUGCUUUAACAUAUUAUGCCUGUUUAAGAACACAACUUCCAUAUUGCAUCUGCCUGACUUAUCUCUUUAAUGUAUCAGAUCCUGGAAUUUUCUUUUAACUAGGAAGUGUCUAACUUCUAUUACUUAUGUGAGCUUGUUCCAGGUAUGUUUAAACUUUUGUAAAUGUUUCCUGCAAAAGCAAUCUGUAAAUGCUAAUUGUAUGUUAUCUAGGUUUUGUUAAAAUAAAGCAAUUAUGGCGUACAGCUCCA